UUAUAUUUAGACUCAACAAAACAACUGUUCAGCACCAGCGAAGACCUUCCUGCUAGCAUGCAACUAUUCCGAUCGGGUGUCCUCACAAGAUGGGUGUUUUGUCACAAUCUUUCGCUCUGAGUAGUCUCUUCGGUCCCUAGGGAGGGCUUUGCUACCAUCCGCCUGUUUUGAUUGGACGGAUGUUCCCGAGACCGGUUUAACCAUUGAGCUGGUCUUGAGCUGAGCUGAGGCUGGGACCGUGCGACAGAUGAGAGACCGCUUCCAUCUAGCAACGAAGGGAGAAAGGGGGGCUGACUACCUAGUCACCGGCGGCAAGGCACAUCCUGCUCCUCGCAUUGCAUAUAGCCACGGGCUUCAUUCCGUUUCGCUGAGGCGCGAGAGAGGACGCGCGAUCCAGACUGGUUGCACCGGAUUGAUCGCAAGGGGGAUGCUACAGUUUUAUUCCUCUCUAUAAUCUCCUCUGAUACUCGCCCUUUGCGCCCCGGCGCUGUCCUUCACAAUACUUCGUAUUUUUAUCAGCUUCUAUAUAUAUUUUUUCCCCCUUGAUGUAGAACUGGCUUUGGAAAAAAAAGCACCCUGAAUCUGGACUAGUGAUACAAAGACUGUCUUGUGGGAUGUUGAUGUUGCCUGUCAGAAGAGUAGAGUCCGUCUAUACCCGCUAAUGGGGAAAUCACUGGACAUACACCGUUGUGUCUGAUUAAGCGUCAAGAAUCGCAAGGACACCAGGAGGAGAGACAAGGAAGGAGCACAACAGUGAGACAGAGACAGACAGCGAGAGAGACAGACAGAGAGAGAGACAGACAGAGAGAGAGACAGACAGAGAGAGAGAGAGACUUCUGUGAUGAGUGACGUGGGAAGCGGACGGCUUCGGUGAGGUCCAGGGUUCUACGUUCUUCCUCCCCAUUUCCCAGCCCCACCCCUCUCCCCCUUCCUCCUCUUCCCUACCCAUCCUCUUCCUCUCCAGCGGACGGAGGCCAGCUUGUUCGGGAGUGUUUCGUUUCCCAGCAUUCCCAGCGGCGCAGCGUCCGCCAUCCCUGGGGUGGUUGGGGGUGACUCUGGGCCGGAGCGGAGAGGCCAGCGUGGACUGGUGACAGAGUGAGAGAGACAGACAGACAGAGAGAGAGAGAGAGAGAGAGAUAGAGAGAAAGAGAGAGUGAGAGAGAGAGAGAAAGAGAAGAACAGAGAAGACGAAAGAGAUGAAGGAAGGACUCGGACGGAAGAUGUGGCUGCUGUGUCUGAGCGCCCUGAUGUGCGGCGUGUCAUCGGGCGUGUCGUCGGGCCUGGACCGGACCCACCGGCGCCACAUGGGGCUGCACCGGCACCGGGGCGAGCGGGGCAAGGAGGGCCAGGUGCUGCAGCGCUCCAAACGCGGCUGGGUCUGGAACCAGUUCUUCGUCAUCGAGGAGUACACGGGACCGGACCCCGUGCUGGUCGGACGGCUCCACUCUGACGUGGACUCUGGCACCGGGUACAUCAAGUACAUUCUCUCGGGGGAGGGUGCGGGGACCAUCUUCGUUAUCGACGACAAGACGGGCAACAUCCACGCCACCAAGACGCUGGACCGCGAGGAGCAGGCGCAGUACACCCUGACGGCCCAGGCCGUGGACCGCGACACCAACAAGCCCCUGGAGCCCCCCUCCGAGUUCAUCGUCAAGGUGCAGGACAUCAACGACAACCCGCCCGAGUUCCUCCACGGGCCCUACUACGCCAGGGUGCCCGAGAUGUCCAACGUGGGUACAUCUGUGAUGACGGUGACGGCGUCGGACGCAGACGACCCCACCUACGGGAACAGCGCACGGCUGGUGUACAGCAUCCUGCAGGGCCAGCCUUACUUCUCUGUGGAGCCCCAGACAGGCGUGAUCCGCACGGCGCUGCCCAACAUGGACAGAGAGGCCCGGCAGGAGUAUGACGUGGUCAUCCAGGCCAAGGACAUGGGCGGGCACAUGGGCGGCCUGUCCGGCACCACGGAGGUGAAAAUCACGCUGACCGACGUCAACGACAACCCUCCCAAAUUCCCUCAGAGCGUGUACACGAUGGGUGUGUCCGAGGACAAGGUCCCGGGGGAAGAGGUGGGGAGGAUGAAGGCCAAGGACCUGGACAUGGGCGAGAACGGCAUGGUGGAGUACCGCUUCCUGGAGGGCGACGGCAUGAGCGUGCUUGAGAUCAGCAAAGAUUCCGAAACACAGGAGGCCGUCAUCAAGCUGAAAAAGGUUGUGGAUUAUGAAAAGAAGAAGACGUACACGGUGAAGGUGGAGGCCUCUAACCCCCACGUGGACCCCCGCUUCAUGGCUUGGGGGCCUUACAAGGACACGGCCACCGUGAAGGUGAGCGUGGAGGACGCCGACGAGGCCCCCGUCUUCACGGAGACCAGCUACGGCUUCGAGGUGGAGGAGAACGCGCCCGAGGGGACCGUGGUUGGCCGCGUGCACGCCAGAGACACGGACACAGCCAACAAUCCCGUCAGAUAUAUGAUUCCCCGCUACACAGACCUGGGCCAGUUCUUCAGCAUCACUCCCGAGGAUGGCGUCAUCAAAACCUCUCGUCCGCUGGACCGCGAGACCCAGGCCUGGCACAACAUUAGCGUCAGCGCCACGGAGAUCGGAGGUCACCACCAGGAUGCCAAAGUGCGAGUAAACAUUAAAGUCAAAGAUGUGAACGACAACCCGCCAGAGUUCGCCACCAAUAAUGAAGUCCUUGUUUGUGAGAACGUGGUACCAGGAAAACUAAUUGAAACGGUCAGUGCCAUUGACAAGGAUGAAAUGGCCCACCGACAGUACUUCCAUUUCAGCCUGCCGCCGGAGGUGGCCAACAACCACAACUUCACUCUGAAGGACAACAAAGAUAGCACAGCCAGCAUCUACGUCAUGCGCAAGGGCUUCAGCCGAAUGACCCAGGACAUGUACUUCCUGCCCAUCGAGAUCAACGACAACGGGGUGCCUCCUAUGAGCAGCACGCAGACCCUGAUCAUCCGCGUGUGCAGCUGCGACAGCAAAGAGACCAUCCUGUCCUGCAACGUGGAGCCCUUCAUCCUGCCCGCCGGCCUGAGCACUGGGGCGCUCAUCGCCAUCCUGGCCUGCAUCGUCAUCCUGCUGGCGAUCGUGGUGUUGUUUGUGGCUCUGCGACGGCAGAAGAAAGAGCCUCUCAUCAUGUACGAGGAGGAAGACAUCCGCGAGAACAUCAUCACGUACGACGACGAGGGCGGCGGCGAGGAGGACACCGAGGCCUUCGACAUCGCCACUCUGCAGAACCCCGACGGAGCCAACGGCUUCCUGCCGCGCAAGGACAUCAAGCCCGAGCUGCAGUUUCCCAUGAGGCCUGGCGCGCGACCUGUGGCGAACAGCGUGGACGUGGACGACUUCAUCAAGACGCGUAUCUCAGACGCGGACAACGACCCGACGGCGCCGCCCUACGACUCCAUCCAGAUCUACGGCUACGAGGGCCGGGGCUCAGUAGCCGGCUCCCUCAGCUCGCUGGAGUCGGUCACGACAGACUCCGACCUGGACUACGACUACCUCCAGAGCUGGGGGCCGCGCUUCAGGAAGCUGGCUGAUCUGUAUGGCACCAAAGACUCCGAGGCUGAAGACAACUCUUAACGUCCACUUGGCUCAAAGGACACCCUCCCUUCCCCCCUUCCCCGUACCCCUUAAUACCACCUCCACUUCCCUUACCUACAUGGCCCUGUUCCCCUUCCUCUGUCAACUAACUACGUGUAGUGUGUGAAGUUUACUAUAAGUACACCACGACUCCAUCUAUUUAUAGUAAACUUUAGUUAGUUUGUUUGUUGUUUUGAGUAUACAUGUGGUAUACUUCAUCCCUCUACGGGAGUGGACACAAAGUAUUAUGGGGGGUAGCAGAUGACAAAUACAGGCUGGAAUACAAAGCUGAUGGACGAGAGAGAGAGAGAGAGAGAGAGAGAGGAAAAAUGAGAGAGAGAGAGAGAGAGGGAGAGAGUGAGAGUGAGAGAGAGAGAGAGAGUAAUAUUAUUAACGAAUAAAAUGAUAAUAAUAAUAAAGUGUGGCACCGCUGUGGGAUGUGUGUAAUGGCUUGUGUGCAGAUGCAAGGAGAGGGGAGAAAUCAAUCACAGUGUAGUUCACUCUUCAGUGUUCACUUUUCAGUGUUUGAGCAAUGGGGACAAGGUCACAGAAAGACAUGGGAUUGUUGAUACUGUGAAUGAGCUCACAAAGAAGGAGAAGAAGAAGAAGUGGGAGAAGAAGCUAAAAACAGUUGCCUUAUUAAUAAAACACCACCACGAACUUGGACUGGCCGACGGAACGACUGGCCUCUCCUCCACCUAUGGAGGGUUUCUGUUCUUGCUGAACUGAUUGUCUUCUUUUUAUGGCCAGCCAGAACACAUGGAUACCGCAAAAAUGGGACUCAAUUUGUUUCUCAAAUCAAGAAGAACUCCCCCUUGUCCUGCCCACGUUCACCAGUGAUCGACGACUAAGAAAGACCUGUGAGCUCAAAAAACGCCUUAAAUGACACUCUUGCAAUGCAGUGCAUUUUUUUUUGUAACUUGAAAACUAUAUCCUAAAGCAAGCUGAAAUACAUAUAGCGUAUGUACAGUACAGUGUGCAAAUAUGUCUCUUGAGGAUCAAACUUGCGCCUAUUGGUUCACGGCAAUCUCUUUUUGUUAUUCGACUAUUAUUUUAUUGAUUAUUGCUUAUUGUUGGCAUUUGUUUUCAUUUCUUCAUUUCUUUAUUGGCGUAUGUUAUUCUCCCUUGUGAGAAAAUAGCAGUCUGUCCUGUCGCAGAGAGAGAAAAAAAAAUGGCUAAUUUCUAUGUCAAUUUUAUGGUAACUAUUUGUACAAUUUUAAAAGUUCUUAUUUUAGUACACAUACAGAUAUCGGUAUUUCAACAUGUAAGAAAAAUGUUACAGCAUCACACUUAUAUUUUAUGAAACAUUGUACCGUUGCUUUAUGAUGUGCUUCAAUCUACGAAGCGGACAAACUUUUAAAUAAAUGCUCUUUUUACAAAA